AUGUCUGACUAAUGUAUAGCCUUUAAGAAUCAUGUUUAUUACUCUAAUCAAACCCGUAAAGUCAUAUUUGCUCCUAAUUCAGUUUAUUAAGUACUCUAAAUUAUAGAUAGUCCCAAUUAACCAAACACUUAUUAUUUACAUUUAUAAAAUCAAACUUUAGCCAAAUGGGUCAAUCAUUAAUAAGUAGAAGUACUUAAUUUUGAUAAAAUCAGAACUAUAAAUGGAGAAAAAAUCAAUUAAGACAUAACAUUUAUUCAAAUUAUUGCUCUUUCUCCUCCUUUAUAUGAUGUUGAAAUAACAAUUGAUUCAAAAGAUUAAAACAAAAUAUCUAAGAUGCUUUAAAAUGCAGAUUAAUCUUUAUAUUUUGUUAUGGGUUGUUCUAAAGGAGCUGUAAUAUGUGUUCCUUUAGAACUCUAUACAAUAAUUUAUACACGUGUAAAUUAUAAUAAAAAUGCUAUAUCAAGUAUUAUUCACUUUAAUGAUCAAUUAAUUAUCAAAAGUAUUGAUAAUGUCAUCAAUUUUGUUCAAAUUUAAUCUAAUAAAGCAUCUUUAAUUAAAUCAAUUAAAAUUAUUAAAUUAGGUCCUAUACAUUUGACUUAAGCCAAAUAAUUGGCAAUUGCACAAUCAAAUGAAUUAUAUUUAUUUAAUUCAAAUCUAAUUGCAUAUGAAACUAAUGCAGGACAUGAAAAUGAUAUACAAUAAAUCACUAGUAAUUAAACUUAUGUUGUUACAAAUUCUUUAUAAUAAGUCAAAAUAUGGACAAAUAAUGGAUUUUGCAUAUAUACUAUCAAUUUUCAUGUAUAAAUAGAUUACAUCUAUUAUAUAUAAGAUGAUCUUAUUACUAGUUUAAAUGGAGGUUUAUGUCAUUUACCUAUUCCAGAACAUGAAAUAACAGAAUUAGAUACACAUGAAUAUAAUUAAAUACAAAUCAUUGAUUUAGCAAUUCCUAAAAAGAAAUAAUCUUUAAAAGAAGAAUCUUAAUAACUAUAAUAAUAAUCAUUCAAUUUAUAAAAAUUUGAAUUCAAAAAAACAUUAGAACUUCCAAAAAUCAAACUAAAAGUUUAAAGUCAAAAUAAUAUCGAAAACCCUAAGACACCAGUAAAAAAUAAAAAACAUUUUAAUUCUAUUUAGACUACAACCAAUAAAAGUACUAAUAUAAGUGUUUCUAACUCUCAAGUGCCUAUAAGUUAAAGUUUUGAUUAUGGAAUUUAACAUGCUAUUGAUAGUAGUUGUGUAUUACCAGCCAUACCUAAAUAAAAAGAAGAUACAUCAUUAUUGAAUUAAUAUUUAAAUAGAAGAGUUAAAAAGGGAUAACCUAGAAAUAGAAGAGAAUGGACAUUAGAUAAAAAGAUUUUAGGAAACAUCUUGUCAUUAAUUUGA